AAAGUAUUUCUCUAGCCAUUAUCAUGUUCACCAAAGCUGCAACCCGCAUAACAUCCUAUUUACCGGAAUGUUAUCGAGCCGCCGGUAUAAUGGCCGCAGGAGAUAUUCUGGCACAAACAGUAGUGGAGAAAAAGGAGUUCAAAAACCUGGAUUACGUACGUACAAUAAAAUACAGUUCUUUGGGUUUCCUAUUUGUGGGACCGGUACUAAAAUACUGGUUUGGCCUGUUGGAUCGCAGCAUAACGAUAAAACAACAGCGUUUGCAACGUACAGUGAAAAAAGUUUUGGUAGAUCAAGCCAUUAUGGCACCAGCUUUAAAUUUAUCAAUAACUGCACUAGUGGGACUGAUAAACGAGGAAAGCAGUGAUACCAUUAAGGAACGUAUAAAAGUUCAGUAUCCAGAUAUUAUGAAGAACAACUACAUCUUUUGGCCAGCGAUACAAAUGGUCAACUUUAGUAUUGUACCUUUAAAAUACCAAGUGGUAUUUGUGCAACUGAUAGCGGUAGUAUGGAAUUGUUUUGUAUCCCAAAUGUUGAAUGAUGAAAUAGAUGUUAAACAGUGAAUGUCAACAUUUACAAGGCGCAAUG